ACUCAUCUGACGUAUCUCGUUAAACGUGUCAAAGUCAACACCCUCACGAAGCCUCAAAUUAUUAAUCACCCCCAUUACUCUCACCCGUAUGAGUGAGCCGAAUCUACUCCAUAAACGUCAAAUUAUCAGAGAGAGCCGGGACGAUUUCAAAGUGAAUUAUUCAAUGGAUCCGCCCCACGAAACCUACUGCAAAGAGGAGUAUUCGGCCCGCUUUGUUUUCCCAUGCAAGGAGGCCACUUUAAAACGCCCAACUCCGAUACGAGACAAAAGCGAGGAAUUAAAAAUUGAGUUAGCGAACAUACAGUUGGAGGAGUCUGAGGCGCUUGAACGACAUAAAACUCUAACGGACCAUUUAAGCCACUUAGAAAUCUUACUAGAAAACCUCCUGAACUACAUCGAGUGCGUGAUCUUAGAACUAAAAUCCUCCACACGUCUAAUAUCUUGGCUAAACCGUUACGAGCACAUCCACCUUCCUCCUGGUCAAUUAAAACAACUGACGGACAACAAUUACGAUCUGUCAACAAUUGAAACGUUCAAACAGAAACUUUUAACGAUACUGAAAGGUAACAAUGACGCGAAGACAAAACUGAAAAAGCUCCGCGGGGAAUUCGCGGAGAGACAGAGCAAUUACAAGUUGGCACUGAAGAAUUUUAAAAUUAUUCUGGAAAUUUUAAACGUAAACGAGGACUCGUUAGGGAAACUCAAACUUCAGUUCGAAGAAGUUUUAAUGGAUUAUCAGCGUUGCCGGUGCAUUUUGGACGAUCGUGAGUUACCGCACGCCAUCGCUGAGAAACAGAAACUUUUGAGGGAGGGUUUGUCUUUCUUGGGAGUCGAGUGUGAUAUGGUGGACGGAUGGAGGGAGACCUUGAGGAGUUUUUUUUUGAAUUUUCGGGAGGUUAUGCGAGAGAACGCUCAAGUUUGGGUUAAAGAAGAAGCGGAAGGUUCCAGGUCCAGUAUUUAAUUGACUAAUUGGUUAAGUUAGAUUUAAGUCAAUUUAUUGUUGGAAAGUAUACAUUAAAUUGUUUUGUGUGCAA